AUGUCCGCCAGACCCGUUGCUAAGGCCCUCCGUGGCCCUGUUGCCCGGUCCCUGUCCACCGCCUCCAGCAUCCCUCGUCGCUCCUUUGUCUCCGCCGCUGUCUCCGCCUCCGCCCGUCCUGCCGCUACUUCCGCUCUCAGAGCUCCUUUUGUCGCCGCUCCCUCUGCCCAGCAGACCCGUGGAGUCAAGACAAUUGACUUUGCUGGCACCAAGGAAACCGUCUACGAACGUGCUGAUUGGCCAAGAGAGAAGCUCCUCGAAUAUUUCAAAGAUGACACCCUCGCCCUCAUUGGCUAUGGCUCCCAGGGCCACGGCCAGGGCCUCAACCUGCGCGACAAUGGCCUCAACGUGAUUGUCGGCGUACGAAAGGACGGUACUUCGUGGAAGGAGGCCAUUGCUGACGGCUGGGUGCCCGGCAAAAACCUGUUCGAGGUCAACGAUGCCAUCAAACGUGGCACCAUCGUCAUGAACCUACUCAGCGAUGCUGCCCAGAGCGAGACAUGGCCAACCGUCAAGCCCCUCAUCACCAAGGGAAAGACCCUGUACUUCUCCCACGGUUUCUCCCCCGUCUUCAAGGACCUCACCAAAGUCGAGGUCCCCACAGACGUUGAUGUAAUCCUCGUCGCCCCCAAGGGCUCCGGCCGCACCGUCCGCUCCCUCUUCCGCGAGGGCCGCGGCAUCAACUCCUCCAUUGCCGUCUUCCAGGACGUCACCGGCAAAGCCGAGGAGAAAGCCGUCGCCCUCGGCGUUGCCGUGGGCAGCGGGUACCUGUACAAGACCACCUUCGAGAAGGAAGUCUACUCUGACCUCUACGGCGAGCGCGGCUGCCUGAUGGGCGGCAUCCACGGCAUGUUCCUCGCCCAGUACGAGGUCCUGCGCGAGCGCGGCCACAGCCCCAGCGAAGCCUUCAACGAGACCGUCGAAGAGGCCACGCAGAGCUUGUACCCACUCAUUGGCGCUAAUGGCAUGGACUGGAUGUAUGCCGCGUGCUCAACCACUGCCCGCCGGGGCGCCAUUGACUGGAGCAGCAAGUUCAAGGACACCCUCAAGCCCGUGUUCAAUGAGCUGUAUGACAGCGUUAAGGAUGGCCGGGAGACACAGCGCAGCUUGGAGUACAACUCGCAACCGGACUAUCGGGAGAAGUACGAGAAGGAGAUGCAGGAGAUUCGGGAUCUUGAGAUCUGGCGAGCUGGAAAGGCCGUCCGAUCCCUCCGACCUGAGAACCAGAAAUAA